UUCCACAAUGUAGCCCUUAUAUCCUUCGUGUAAUGAAGGUAGAAUGUACAGUGGAGGUUCCUGUCAAUGCUACCGACAUCACUAUUGGUUGGUUCAUGGACUGCCAGCAGUUGAGUAAUGACUCUCACGUCACCAUCGAGUCUCAAGUCCAAGUGACAGUAGAAGUUCGCAGAAUUAGGUAUCGAUUGACAAUCAAUGGUAUAACUGAUGAAUAUGCUGGUAAAUACACAUGUAACAUGCUGGGAGACGAGGAGUAUGUCCCUGGUAAUCAGUUGGAGUUAGGAGACUCGGAUAAACUUGAGUUAAUGUCUAGUCUCGGACCAUGUAUAGAUGGAGAACUCUUCAGUGGUGCACCACCUCCAGAGAAAUGUGCAGUAAUUACAGCGGACAACCCUGUACCCAUGUCUCUUGUCUGUGAAGAUCCACCUGCAAACCCAACAUCAACCUCGACACCUGUUCCUUCACUCUCCUCCUCUUUGUCUAUAUACCUCUACUAUGCUCUCCUCAAUACCAAAAAUUUAUGUGCAUCACUCUACAGUAUUGCUUUCACCAUCACCCACUACAUCUGGACCAACUCCCACAGAUCCUCAGGACAACAAUAUUGAAUUUACUUCCCAUGAUUCUCUGAACACUCUCUCACUCUUCCUCAUAGCAGUGAGCUCUCUACUGACCAUUAUUAUACUACUACUGCUGUCUUCAUUUGUGCUGGUAAAGUGGUGUAAGGGACGGAAACAGAAUGGAACUGUGAACAUGUGCUUUCAGGCACCAGCACCAACAACAGAGGAGCCAUUCUAUGACAGUGUGAAGGAUAGGCCAGAAGCCAACAACAGUAUACCAAGCUCUGCAGUACCAAGCCAAUCAAAUCCGGCCUAUGGAAUCAGGGCUGAAGCAGGUGACAAGGAUAAUAUAUUUCAAAUGAGGAUCAAUUCUGGAUAUGGUGUUAUGGGACACAUUAUCAGUUCUACUCAGCUAUCAACGGACUCUGUUGUACCUGAGAACCUAAGCAGUAGAGCUGCAGCAGACAUUGAAAGAUGUAUUUCACAUGAAUAUCAACAUGGGUUAUGGUGUUAUGGGACAUAGUGACUCAGCUCAGACUUCUACUACCACAGAUGUUGUAUAGUUACCCACUAUAGCAGUGGCAGUGCUACUUAUAUUCUGCUACUGUAGGUCACACAUGGAAAUUUACCUCAAACUGUCAUUAAAACUUCCCUUGGUAGCUAUGUAGGUGCAGAGCUACAUAGUAAUUGACUUGUAGCUAGUACACAUUCAUUCCUACUUCGUAUUAAUGAAUCUUAAAGAUAUUAUUGUUGCUUUUCUGUUCUUAGUACUACUGGUGAUGUACAUUAUGUGUUAGAUCAGAAAUGGAUAUUUGUCA